AUGGAGAAGAUUUUUAAUGCAAUGGGAUGCCGUGAGGAGAAUAAGGUUGCCUAUGCCACCUACUUACUAUGUGGGGAGGCUGAGAACUGGUGGAGGUUUGCCGGCCAAACUUUGCCAAAAGAAGAUGGCUAUGUCCAAUGGAAAGCAUUCAAGACCAUCUUCCUAGGGAACUACUUUUCCCGAGAUCUGAGGAAGCAGAAACAUGGUGAUGGAGAGGAGGAUCUGUGUGCUCAGUUUGAGCAUGGAUUGAGGCCAAGCAUUCGGGCUGCAGUCAGUGUGUUUCAACUGACAGACUUGCCCACUCUGGUGAGCAAGAGCAGAAUCUUUGAAGCCAACUCAAGGGGAAAGACAGUGGACACUAGGGGAGCUGGUCCAGUGAGACAAGAUAGAAGACCUCCUAGGUUCUCAAGGGGACUGUACUCGGGCUCAAAUAGUUCUCAAUCCCGAGAGAGUUCUUCCCAAGAGAGGAGUAGUGGAAGUGGUUCAGGAUCGAGUUCUUUCAGAGGGCCGCAUAAGUGUUUCAGAUUGCUUGAUAUGUUGUUUGAUUCGGGUGCUACGCACUCUUUUAUAUCUGUGGACUGUAUGAAGAGUCUGGGCUUAUAUGUGACGGAAUUGCCGUGUAAUGUUGUGGUGACUACCCCUAUGGGAAUGGAUUGGCUUGCUGCCAACCAUAUGCUAAUGGACUGUAGGGAGAAGACUUUGAUCUUCGGGGCGACAGUUGCAAAGGUUCCAAGGCUUAUGAGCCAGGGAGCAUGGGAGAACAUGGUAAACGCCAAGGCUUUCAUGGUUAUGUUCUCAAUGGAAGCCGAAAGUGUGGCGGAGCCGAAGUAUAUUCUGGUGGUGAGGGAUUUCUUAGAGGUUUUUCUCGAAGAUGUUUCUGAGCUGCCACCUAAGAGGGAAAUAAAGUUUUCUAUUGACCUCAUUCCUGGGGCAAGUCCGAUUUCUGUGGCACCUUACAGGAUGUCACUAGUGGAGUUGGCAGAGGUCAAGAAGCAAGUACAAGACUUGUUGCAGAAACGGUUUGUGAGAUCGAGUGUGUCACCCUAG